AUGGCGCAAGGCCUGCUCAAGAAAUCCUCGUCUAAGACUGCGAAGCCCUCUGCAUCGUCAAAGAGCGCUGGUGUCACGAAGAAGGGCCGUGGAACCAUCACACCGAAAAAGGCAAAGUUGGUUAAACAGGCCAAAAUCAACAAAAAGUUCACUGCAGGGUUGACAGCGAAGACCGAAGCCAUGCUGGGAGCCCGCGCAGGACAUCUGGAGAUGCUCGGCCAGGGAAGGAAGAAGAACGCAGGGACAGAGCAAAGCAAGAGUAGCGGAAAGAAAACAGGGAACAAAUCGUGA